AUGACAAUUCCACGCCUACGCCACGGCUUCAUUGUCAUCAUUCUCCGACGAGGCAUUAGGGCUCACCAUAAUCAGAAUCUCUGGCAAAUCGCCGCCCCCUCCAUCUUCACCCGCCUCGCCAUGUUUUCCAUCACCGUCGUCACCCAGUCCUUCGCCGGUCACCUCGGCGACCUCGACCUCGCGGCCAUUUCCAUCGCCUGUACCGUUCUCAUCUCCAUAACCUUAGGUUUCAUGUUGGGUAUGGCGAGUGCGCUUGAGACGCUAUGCGGCCAAGCCUACGGCGCCGGACAGCACCGCAUGUUGGGCGUUUACCUGCAACGCUCGUGGGUGGUUCUGUCCCUGUCCUCGAUUCUGAUGCUGCCGGUGUUCGUGUUCGCUACCCCGCUGUUGAUGUUGGUGGGGCAGCCCAUCGCGGUGGCGGAGCAGGCGGGGCUGGUGGCGAUCUGGUUGAUUCCGUUUCACCUCAGUUUCCCGUUUCAGUUCACAUUGCAGCUGUUCCUGCAGUGCCAGUUGAAGACCGGUAUCGUUGCUUGGGUUUCAGGGGUGGCCCUUGCGAUUCAUGUUUUAAUUAGUUGGAUAUUUGUUUAUAGGAUGAAAAUAGGGAUCGUUGGCGCUGCACUUUCCAUUGGUUUCUCGUGGUGGCUCUCGGUUUUGGGAAUGCUCGGCUAUACACUCUUUGGUGGGUGCCCGCGUUCGUGGACUGGUUUUUCUGCUGAAGCUUUUGUUGGUCUCUGGGAAUUCUUUAAAUUCUCUUUGGCUUCUGGGGUCAUGCUUGCGUUAGAGAAUUUCUAUUACAGACUCUUGCUUAUAGUAUCCGGAUAUAUGCAUAACACUGAGAUCGCAAUUGAUGCUCUUUCUGUUUGUGUGACGAUAUAUGGCUGGGAAUCCAUGAUACCGCUUGCAUUUUUGGGUGCAACCGGGGUUCGUGUUGCAAACGAGCUUGGCGCAGGCAAUGCAAAAGGUGCAAAAUUUGCAACUGUGGUUUCUGUGGCAAAUACUGUACUUGUGGGACUUAUAUUUUGGUUGGUAAUUGUGUUCUUCAACAAGAAUCUUGCCCUGAUCUUUACAUCGAGCUCCUCCGUCAUCCAAAUGAUCAAUGAACUGGCAAUGUUGUUAGCUUUUACUGUUCUUCUUAAUUGCAUUCAACCAGUUCUUUCAGGGGUGGCAGUAGGGUCUGGUCGUCAAGCAGUAGUGGCAUAUAUAAACAUUGGCAGUUACUACUUGGUUGGAAUACCUCUUGGGGUUCUCUUAGGCCGGUUGCUUCCUUCGGGUAUUGUUCAGGGAAUGUGGAGUGGAAUGAUGAGUGGAACAGUGGUUCAAACAUUGACCUUGGCUAUUAUUACGAUGAGAUAUGAUUGGGAAAAAGAGGUAUCUAAUGCUUUUCAACGCUUGGACAUGACAUGGAAUGGAACGGUUCUGUUUUAA